CUACAAUUCAUGUGAUGAUCUAUGGUGUUUUUCUCCUUAUUAUUUUACUUUUAUUUUAUUUUUUAAUGGUUUGUAUAAUUCAACAUUAGUAAUGUCAUAUCAAGAUUGGAAGCCAGUAGUUUGGACUAAACAUGAGAAUUUCAAGGGCCCUAAUAAGGAAUCUGCCCUUAACAAGGCCCGGCGUGCUGGAGUAGAGCUUGAUACUCAGAAGAAAUUUCUAGGAGGUCAAAACAAGACAACUAAAUCAUUUCUACCGCCUAACGCUGCAAAAAUUGAGAAUGAAAAUGAAUCAUUUCACAUCGAGAGGGUUUCAUUUGCUUUUCGCACCGCUUUACAAAAGGCCAGGAUGGCCAAGAACAUGACUCAACUUCAGCUGGCUCGAGCAAUAAAUGAAAGUGAAAGUUUAAUAAAGGAAUAUGAGAACGGAAGUGGGAUACCAAAUGGCCAGGUGGUCCAAAAGUUGAACCGAGUUCUCGGCGUAAAAUUACCUCCUUCAAGAGAAUCCAAGUCUAAAUCUCUUGAAUUAUGAUUCCACACUGUAUUUGUAUCACUUUGACCUAUUUCUAAUGAGUUCUAGACACCACUUUAAAACGGUUUUUAUUCCUACUUUCUCUUAAUUUUUCUAUAAUUUACCUUGGUUAUCUAUUUCAUCAAUCUCACUAAAAUAUAAUUUUUUCACCGUGUAAUACC